ACAAGUCUCUCAGAAUUGCUUAUACCUUUCCGCAAAAUUCGCUCUUGAAGUCCUCAUACUCUUCGCCACUAUCCAGCUCAGAUCGGAAUCCAUCUGCUUACCCACUCGACGGCGCUUUCCCGAAGCAUCCGCACACAAUCCUUUCUGCACAGUGCGUAGGUCAUCUAUGUCCCGCCAUUUGCAACUAUACGAGCUGGUCAAAAGGCCCAACACCCCCAAAUUACCCUACACAAACGCAAGCAAUCCAAUCCUGCACAAUCUCCCAGAGGUAUUCUACUCUCCAGUGCAGUUCCAAAGUGACACAUUGACCCCUCCCCCUCCCCCUCCCCUCCGGUUUUCAACCCACCAGACCCCCGGGGCAUGGCCUACGGUUCCCCCAUGCCGUCACCACCCGAACUUCACCGCAGCGGAAGUAUUCCCCCGCUCGAGACAAGCGAACCAGAGAACCGGAAAAUCUGGAUCGAUUUGAAGUCCAAGAUACUGCAGCUCGUGUUUCUCUUAAGGGCGUGAACGAGAGAAGGGGAUCUUCUCUCCUCCCCGGACGGGGGGUCUUGGACUGGGUUUCUUCUGUGGUACAUGGACAUAGUUUGGGAACCAGACAAUUGCCAUUUAGAACUUGACUUCUAGGUGACUGCAGAGUUUGGAAGGUCGAUCCGAAAUUCUCGUGUUUUGCGAUGCGCAUCACCGUAAAAAAAACACAUCUUGGAAGCUGUGGGGGCAGGUCUGGGUGGUCCCGAGGAGAGAGAGAGAGGUGCGGUGCAGUCGUUCAGCAACCAAAGA